AUGCCUUUUCAUUUAGGGUGCAGCGCCUCUCCAGACGCUUGCUCCCCUCUGCUCCCCUCUGCGUCGGCCUCCUUCAAUCUCCCCCGCCGCGAUUUAGUUACUGCUAAAAUCAUCUUGGUCCCCGUCAAACCUGCAGAUGACAAUCUUUACUCUGCAACGGAGGCCGGCCUCUCCUAA